CCCCCGUGUGAGUAGAGUCGAGGUAUCAGUCUAUAAACUCCAGCUGUGGUUCUGAAACAGAAUUGCCUCGUACAUGGGAAAUGUAGGGGAAAUUAAUUUUUCUGUAGUGUGCAAAAUUUGUAAAGCUUCAGUACUCAAAACGAAUUUGGAAACGUGUCAAGUUUUAAAACGGUUUUAAAACUGCUUUGAGGAAGCACCGAAAGUGUUCGAUCCCAGCUGGCAGAUUCUACAAAUCUUAAGUGCAAGUGUACUAAUGAAAUCGUUCAACUAAUAUUUAGUAGUUCAGUGUUACUGGAGAAUCAUUAAGAAACUCCAACAGCAAUUGCAAUUAAUGCGAUGACCUUCGUUGGUUGAGCGCGUCGCCGUUCAGAACGUUUGUGCAGAGAUUAAUCGGUCAUUGACGAAUGGAUUCUUUGUUCCACAGCCAUAAAUCGGCAAUCCAGCAGCUGUGUUGUGUUGAGUGAUGAGAUAAGAGAAAUGCAAAUUCCAUAUGUUACAAUAAUAGUUCAGGAUUGUCCUCGAUGUUCCUCGUCGUCUUCCAGUCGUCCAGCUCAGUCUAGUGAAUUGCUGCUUCAGCGGAGUUCUUCAACGUCGUCACCAAAUCAUCUGAAGCCGAUAUCUCCAGCGAAGGGACAUCUGCAUCUCAGCAGAAACUCGAAUCUCAUACGUCACAACUAUGUUCAAUUGUUUUGGCCGACGCUAUGACUACCGACCCAUCGAUCUUGCACACCAGCCAAGUGGCUUCGGCAUCCGGCAUGUGCAAGCGCUUCUGCUGUUCUUCGGCCUCACCGUGGCCUAUGCCCUGCGGGUGAACCUAUCGGUGGCCAUCGUAGCAAUGACGGAUAAAAAGGCGGCCAACGAAGAUUUCGAGGAGUUCGACUGGGACGAAAAAACGCAAUCCUACGUGCUGAGCAGCUUUUUCUGGGGCUACGUUAUCACCCAGAUUCCAGCCGGGCAAAUGGCGCAACGCUUCGGAGCCAAGGUUUUGUUGCUUUUUUCACUUGGGAUCUGUUCUUCGCUGGCCGUUCUGACUCCGAUCUGUGCCAAUGUUGGCGGCGCCAAGUUGGUAAUCGGUCUCCGGAUUAUACAGGGAUUGAGCCAAGGUUUUAUUUUUCCGUCGACACACACCUUGCUGUCAAAAUGGGCCCCAGUGUCAGAGCGUGGUCGUUUGGGGACGUACUGCUAUGCCGGUGCCCAGUUCGGUACCGUUGUGAUGCUGGCCAUCAGUGGUGUGCUGGCGUCUUCGUCGACUGGGUGGCCUGGUAUUUUCUACAUAUCGGGAGCCGCUGGCGUUGUGUGGUCGAUUUUGUGGUUCUUUUUUGGAGGAAAUUCCCCGGUCGAACAUCGAAGUAUAUCUGCGGAAGAACGUGACUUUAUCGAAUCUUCACUCGGAAACCAAGAUCACAGCAAGAAAAUUAUCACACCAUGGAAAGCCAUUCUUACGUCGGCACCCAUGAUAGCACUAACAAUUGCGCACAGUAGCCACAAUUGGGGAUUCUGGACAUUGCUCACCGAGAUGCCUACGUACAUGAAGAAUGUUCUUGAUCUCGAUAUCAAAAGCAACGCUCUGCUAUCCAGUUUGCCCUACUUUGUUAUGUGGAUUCUCAGUUUAAUUUUCAGUCCAAUCUCAGACUUCCUUAUCAAUCGGCAGUACCUUUCUCGAGUGACCAGUAGGAAGCUGUUUAAUACAAUCGGUCUUUGGAUCCCUAUGGUGGCGCUUCUGGGACUGGCUUACGUGCCAAAGGGUCAAACCGAUUUGGCCAUCGCUCUGCUCACAGCAGCCGUCGGUAUAAAUUCAGCAACAUAUCUCGGCUUCCAGGUGAACCACAUUGAUCUGGCUCCGAACCAUGCUGGCACGAUGAUGGGCAUCACAAACUGUGCCGCUAACAUUAUGUCAAUUAUCGCUCCGCUUAUCGUGGGUGUGGUCCUCAGUGAUGCGAAAGACCCUGUUCAGUGGCGAACUGUAUUCUACAUAUCGGCCGCCGUGUACUUCUGCGGGAAUCUCGUUUUCAUAAUUCUGGGCAAGGCAGACAUACAGCCAUGGAAUGAACCGCAGCCAAACAAAAAAGAUGAUGAUUCCGAAGCUGCCGUGCCCAACAACCAACCCACUAAUCAUACCACCGAAUAGGAGAAGGAUACGGUCUUCCAUUUUGCCCGUCAUCGAGUGUACAGCGCAAAGUGCUACGUCUAGUCUAAAUCAAUUCGAUAUAAUAUUUAAAACUAAGACAAAACAACUCCACACAAUGAUGAAUUAAUGGAAUUGUUGUCUCGUCUCCGAGGAGGACAUUUUUUUCGAGCUUACCCAUUCAAAAAAAAUAUACAAGACAUUGAAAUCCAAGUGCUCUUACUAGAUGAAAAUAUCAUUAAAAAAUAUACAACGUAAUCCGACUCACGGAAAUUAAUGUACUUUCUAGGUGUUACGAUUAUCCUAUUAUAUACAACUGAGAAAAUAUGUAUAAGUUAUAAAAUUUUGCCAAACUUCAGUACUGAACUGAAACAUUCCAAUUUGAGGCAAAGUAGAAUAGUGUAGAUUAUUUUUGUAAAUUGUAUCAAAUAAACAAAAUCAUGUUACGU